GAGUUUGGCUUUUCCCGGAAUUUGGCUUUUCCCGUGGAUUUUCUGUCACCGGGAGGGGUCGGGCUGUGGCCGAGGCCGAGAUUUCUUCCUUCCUUCCUCUUCCUCAUCCUCCGGGCCUGUCCCGAGCCCGGGGUUUUCCGGGAAAAGGGAGGAGCCCGGCGGGUCCCUGGCAUGGAAGCGGCGCCGCUGCGCUGCCCCCGGGCCGGGCUCUGCGCUGCGCUCCCCAGGCUGCCCUGAGCGCCAUGGCCACCAAGGUGCCCAUCUACCUGAAGCGGGGCAGCCGCAAGGGCAGGAAGGAGAAGCUGCGGGACAUCCUCUCCUCGGACAUGAUCAGCCCGCCCCUGGGCGACUUCCGCCACACCAUCCACGUGGGCAGCGGCGGCCAGGCCGACACCUUCGGGGACGUCUCCUUCCUGCAGGGCAAGUUCCACCUGCUGCCCCGCGGCGCCGCUGACCGCGACAAGGAGGGGACGGCGCCGUUUGAGUUCUCGCGCACGGCCACCAUGUCGGGCACCGUGUCGGGCACCGUGUCGGGCACCGCGUCGGGCACCGUGUCGGGCGCCGAGGCCGCGCCGUCGCCGCUGCUCAAGAACGCGAUCUCGCUGCCGGCGCUCGGCGCUGCCCAGGCCCUGACCCUGCCCGCGGCGCAGGCGCCGCCGAAGCCUCCGCGGCUGCACCUGGACGAGGCCACGGCGCCGUCACCGUCAUCGCCAUCACCAUCAUCACCAUCGUCACCAUCACCAUCGCCGUGUCCCCGUGCGGCCGCCAACGGCGAGGCCGAGCCCUUCCUGUCCCACGCCGGCUCCCUGCUGUCCCUGCACGUGGACCUGGGCCCCUCCAUCCUGGAGGACGUGCUGCAGGUCAUGGACCGGCACCAGGCCGAGCGCGGCGCCGCCGCCCGGCCCGAGAUCCCAACGUGAUCCACGGGGAACGGACGGUGAGGGCUCAGCCUCGGGGGAGAAGCAGAGGGGCCCCACGAGCUCCCCUCAGUGGCCUCCUCCCGACCAUGGGAAACGCGACCCCGCGCCCGUCGGACCCAAAGGCACCCCCAGAUUUUGGGGUGAAUUCCCAAAGAUUCCGGCCAGGAGGAUUCGAUUCCAUCGGACCCAAAGGCACCCCCAGAUUUUGGGAUGAAUUCCCAAAGAUUCCGGCCAGGAGGAUUCGAUUCCAUCGGACCCAAAGGCACCCCCCAAACUUUUGGGGUGAAUUCCCAAAGAUUCCGGCCAGGAGGAUUCGAUUCCAUCGGACCCAAAGUCACCCCCCAAACUUUUGGGGUGAAUUCCCAAAGAUUCCGGCCAGGAGGACGCGGGGGGACACCGGGGUUUGUUCUCCACGGCUCUGAACCUCCUGAACUCUCUGAACCCCAAAUUCUGCUCCGUGGAAUCCUCUGGAAACCCCACGGAUGGGGAAAUCUCCACCCUGUGGAGAAGCCAAAACUCCGCGUGGAGGAGCUGGGAUAUCCCAAGGGGACCCUUGAUUUAGGAACUCAAUCCAUGGAGGGGCCAGAAACCCCUCUGGGGUGCCCUGGAGCGACCGGGAAUCAUCGAGGAGACGCGGAACCACCCAAAAACCCCAGCGUGAGCUGCGGGAGGAUCCCGGGGUCGAGGGGUCCCACGCGGAUUGUGCGGGCGGAGCGGGAGCUGAGGGGCAGUGCUGGGGGCAAUCCCAGCUGGAUUUUGGGGAAUGGGGACCAAAACCCCGCUGGAAACGCUGCGGGUGCCCCAGCGGGGCCUCCUUGCCCAGGCUCCGGUCGCAGAUUCCGCCCUUUCACUGAUUUCCAGCGGUUUGAGCCCAAAAUGAGGCCGGGAUCCCCCCAGGGCGGAGCCGCAGCCCCUCCUGCCCCCACUGCUGGUGCUGUUCCUCAUUGCCUGACGAGUCUAAUUUAGAUUAUCUGACUAAUGACUCAUUAGAUUCUCGUUAACCAAC